AUGUCUGUAAUAUUUAAUGCGAGUGUAAAUACUAAGAGCGCUGUGGAGUACCAAACAAUAUCAUCCACGCAAAGUCAUUUAGCGGAGGAACAGUCAGAGCGUUUGCACAAGUGGAUUUCAAAGGACCAACUCGAGAAACUUCACGCAGCGUUCCUUAAUACUCACGAGCGGCAUGUUGGCAUAGAUGAAUUGCGUAUCAUUCUUGAAGAACUAGACAUAACGUUCAAUGAUUCUAUGUAUACACGGCUCUUUUUAAAGAUUAAUCAGAAUCGGGAUUUUAAGGUGGAUUGGAACGAGUUUGUGUCUUAUUUAAUUUUUGGCUUUCAAGAAGAGGAUCCUAGCAGCCAAAAAGAGUCUUUAAUUUUACCAAUCUCAGGACCUCCUAUGGUUAGGAAAUCAGAACACCGGUCAGCUAUAUGUUGUUUGGCUCUCCUCAAAGCCAAAUCGGAUCAAGUACCAAUUGAUGAAGUUACCGAGACUAUUAAUUUUUCCUUUGGCGGUGAGGAUUCACCAGAAGCUUCUGGCAUGUGGGUCACGGCCAGCCAUGAGGGAAUGAUGCGCUUCUGGACAUCUCAUAUGGAACCAAUACGAACGGCAUCGUCGGAAAGCA